GGUCCACCAAUUAAACCAACCUCCAUUAUCACGCAAACAAUUAAAUAUCAACCAAAUUAAAUUUUAGUGGAUCCAAUAAUUCUAUAAAUAAGCUUAAUUAAGCUGAAGCUAUUGGAGAUCCAUAAAGAUUAAUCUUAACCUUUUACUCUCAAGAGAAGCUUUUUUCUUCCAAGAUGAAAGAGAAAUUCUCAUGCACCAUUCUCCAAAGCGAGGCCCUCACUAAGUACCUUCUGGAAACAAGUGCCUAUCCUAGAGAGCACCAACAACUCAAGGAACUUCGGCAGGCUAGCGUUGAUAAAUACGAGCACUUGAGUGCGAUGAAUGUGCCUGCUGAUGAAGGACAGCUUAUCUCAAUGAUGUUGAAAGUGAUGAAUGCAAAGAAAACAAUAGAAGUUGGAGUUUUUACUGGUUAUUCCCUUUUGGUUACUGCUCUUGCUCUCCCUGAUAAAGCCAAAGUGAUAGCGAUCGAUCCAGACAGAGAAGCAUACGAGGUUGGUUUGCCAUUUAUUGAGAAGGCAGGCGUGGCUCAUAAGAUCGAAUUCAUUAAUUCAGACGCAGUCACUGCUAUCAACGAAUUACUGGAUAAUGGAGAAGAAGGGACGUUCGAUUUCGCAUUUGUGGACGCGGACAAGGAAAACUACAUCAAGUACCACGAGCUGCUGCUGAAGCUUGUGAGGGUGGGAGGAAUGAUCGCCUACGACAACACCUUGUGGUCCGGCACCGUCGCAUUGGCCGACGAUGAUCUCACCCAGGAGUGGAAGGAUAAGAUCGGCGAUACUCGCAUCUUUCUUAGGAAUUUGAACACCUUUUUGGCCAAUGAUUCUCGCAUCGACCUCGCUCAUCUUUCCGUUGGAGAUGGCCUCUCGCUUUGCACCCGCCUUCACUGAUUUCCUAUCUUGCUAUAAAUAAAUAAUCCUCUUCACAAACACAAAUCUUCACUUGUUCUCUCUUUUGCCAAAAUAAUCAUUCACUUCUGCUUGUUACUAUGAUUUUGUAAUUACUCCCAAAUUAUUUUUUCUCAAAAUAUAGUCCACUGUCUUCAUUUAAA